AUGAAAGUAUCUGGUUUAUUAAGUAUUUUAUCAGUAUUACUGGUUCUAACUGUGGGAGUUUUUGCUGAAUCUAAUGAAAAUAAGCCUUUAGAAAGAAGUACUUUAGAGAUUUACAAUAAUGUAAAGUUAGUAUCAGUAAAUAGCACAAGAUUUUCUUAUACAUCAGGUUCCCUUAAGAAGUCUAAACCAGCUCCUUUCAGACUGGCAAUUUUAGCCUUGUUAGUUUCUGAUUUUGUAACUGAUAAUUUUGCAGAAAUAGGUAAUGGAUUCCAAGAAUUUGAUGUAAUUAGAUUCUACGAAGAAAUCUUGAAACAGGGUGGAACUAGGGGAACUAAUAACUACAAGGAUUGUUGCUUUAAUUCCUGUUUAAGUGGUUUGACGUCUCGUAACUCUGACAAUGUAAACACUUUAGACACAAUGUCAAAUAAAUUAACCCAAAACACUGUUUGUGAGGCUUUAUGUGACCACACAAUCCACUUUCUUAAGUCUAUGGAUUACUUCUUUUCACCAACCUCUGAGCUUUUUGAGUUAAAGAUUUUAGACAAAGGAAUUACUAGUCAUCUUUUCGAGAAAGAAAAAGAUUCAACCCAAACCCAAAAUCACAUAAGACAACAGAGAAAUUCUUAUAGAGAAACUGAGGAGAAGGAUGAUAUGGCUAAAAUUCAAAGCUUUUCUUCUGAUAACAAACUUCUACUUGAUGACCAAAAUAAUCAUUAUUUCCAUAAUACUAACAAAGAAACAUCUUCCUUUAUAUCUUCUGAUCGUGAUGAAGAAAACCCUAUUAAAGAUUCUUCUGUUAUGAAUUUUAUUGAUGAUAAAGAUUUUGAGAGUGAAGAAACUGUUAAAAUCAAUUCUAGGCUUUUAUUACUUUGGGAUGUUGAUAAAACUCUAUGGGACAGUUAUAAUUUCAUUCAAAAAGGGGUAAUUUAUGGUAGAGCUGGUAAGUUUAAUCCCUUUUCUAUGAGUUUAUUAUUUAUGAUUAAGGAAAGACAACAAUAUGAUCCAAGAAUCUUGGACCAAUACAUAAUAACAUAUGGAAGAGGUACUAUUACUAAGCUUCAGUCACCUUUUCUUAAAUCCCUUUGUUUUUCUUGUUGGGACUUAAUGAGGAUAUUUGACAGGUAUUUUGCAGAGAAACAAGAUUCUAUCACAACUCAGGAUUACAAAAGGGUAUUUGAGGCUAAAGAACACAAUACUAUUUCAUUUCAUGGAGAUGAAUUUAAAUUUAGAAACUGUCCAGGAACUUUAAAGAACUUAUUAUUUUGGAAAGCCAAAGACAUUGAGUUGAUUAGAAACUAUAUUGUUUCAUCUGAUGAAUUUUUGAAAAGAGAAUAUUGCAAUGGCAAUAUGACUGGUAACGUAUCUAAUUUAGAGAUUGAAUACAAUUUUAGAUAUCCUUUUAAAACAAGAAACAAGUCUAAAAUUGAUGAGAUUGUUACAGUUUUGAUUGAUGAUACAGUAAAUCAUUUAAAGUUGACCUGUAUUGAAGAAUAUCAUUUAUUUAAUAUGAUAGUGAUACCAAUAAUACCAUUUAAAGGUAUAAAUAUUGAUGAGAGAAUUGAGAUGGAAUUUAAGUCAGGAGGGACAUCGCAACUAAAUUUGUUAACUAAUGAUUUACUUGAAAAUGAAUUGAAUCAAAUAAGAGGAGUCAAUUCUGUUAAUGUUCCAUUUAUUUUAAAUGAUGCUUUAAACCAAGUACCGCUAAAUGCUAAUGCUACUGAACUUUCUAGGGCAAUAAGAAGAAGAAUCUCAGAAUUUGCUCCAGGUGAAUUUCCAGAAUCACAGUGUAAUUAUGAUAUAACAAAUACUAAAUCAAUAUAUUUCAUUUUCCUUUCAUCCUGUAAAUUCUUUUAUGACGUUAUUACAUUAUUUAAUAAUUUACCAGAAUCACAUCCAUCAUUUAAUGAUAUUCAUUAUUUACUUACAAAUAUUGAUUCUUGGGGAUUUGAUGAUGCAGUUAGUACAAAGAUGUGUUCAAUUGUAAAUGAUAAGAUUAAUAAUUUGAUUGAACUAUGUGAUAAAACAAAGAGUGGGAAAUUAAGAGAUUCAAAUAGAAAUGAAUACAGGAAUAAGAUGUUAUCUAAAAAAACUUGUAAUAUUGAUUGGAAGAAUAAAUUUUUCUUUGGAUUUGCUUUAAGAGAACAUUUUGGUCCAAUACCUUUAAAUGCUUUAACUACUUCGUUACUUCCAAGAAGAAGAACAAUAAUACUAAAUAUUGAAGCAGAUCACUUAUUUAAUUCAAUUCCUCCAAGUAUGUAUGAAAACAAAUUCUUUUAUUGUACAAUUAAAACAAAUUUAUUUUCAUCUACAUUUGAGACAUUAAGAAAGAUUUCAAUAGCCACAAGAUCCACAUUAAAGUAUGCAAGUAAUAUAAAGAAUUCAAAUGAAAUUGAACAAAGUAAUUUGAUGAGUAUUUUAGAGGCUACUAGAAAUACAACAAAGGUUUUCCAUUCUUAUUUGAGUAAUUUGUUUGAAAAAGUUGACCUAGGAGGAUCUGCAAAUAAUAAACUUCACUACAAGAUAUAUAAAGAAUACACUAAUUGUAUUUUUAUAGAUUAG